AUGUCAUCGGUCUCUUCGCUGUGGCUUUUGGAAAGAUGGCAAAAGUCCACACACCACGCAAUAGGGAUCUCGCCCCCGGUAUCGGGAGGUACAGCAGAUCAGCCAUCUACAAAAAGAGGGCUCUGUAUAAGAGAAAGAAGACGGGAGUUAAGAAGCUAGUGUCUGAGGAACAGAAAUCGAAGGUGAAGGAAGUUGGAGGUGACAAGAAUGGAGGCACAAGAGUUGUGCCAGUGAAAAGAGAGUCUCGUUAUUACCCAACUGAAGAUGUGCGACGACCCCUGAGGAACAACCGGAAGCCUAAGCCAACCAAGUUGCGAUCCUCCAUCACUCCAGGAACAGUUCUCAUUCUUCUUGCAGGUCGUCACAGAGGCAAGAGAGUUUUCUUCCUCAAACAACUUGCCUCUGGUCUUCUUCUUGUCACAGGACCUUACAAGGUGAAUGGUGUCCCCCUUAGGAGAGUGGCCCAAGCAUACGUCAUCGCUACUGAAACAAAGCUGGACUUGGGCAGCUUCAAGCUUCCAGAACGUCUCACUGAUGACUUCUUCAAGAGAGAGCCAAAGAAGAAGAAGCGUACAGAGGAUAUGUUUGAAGAUUCUCAGGAGGUACUGAAACUGUCAUGUCUAAUUAAACAUGUAGUUUCAUUCAAAAGCCAAUUAAACAUGAGCAAGUAAUCCAUGAAGUGGUUC